AUGACCACCCUCCCAUCCGCCAGAGACCAGGACCUGGAGGCCUACCGCUCUCAGCUCCGCGAAGAAGGCUGGUGCGUGAUCCCGUCCGUGCUCGACGCAGACCAGACAAAGUGUGCGCUCGACGCGCUCUGGGCUGCGAAAGAGUCGAGCGAGGCGCGCGGCGACGACACGUAUCUCCCCUUCCUGGACCCGAACGCAUCCAACAUCCGGGUCUUCUACCUCCUGGAACUCGACGCGAUCUUCCGGUCGCUGAUCCAGCACCCGACCGCCGUCGACAUGGUGAAGAGCGUGCUCGGGGCCAACUUCCUGAUCAGCAACUUCACGGCGAACAUCGCCCGCCCGGGUUCGAAAUCGAUGGGCCUGCACUCCGACCAGUCGCUCGUCUCGCCCGAGCCAUGGUUCGCCGUCACCGCCGUGAACGUCAUCUGGUGCCUGACGGACGUGUACUUCGAGAACGGCGCGACACUGUUCGUCCCGGGCUCGAACAAGUGGCAGUGGCGGAGCGAUAUCCCGCGCGCCCGCGUGAAGGCCAUGCUCCAGCCGUUUGAGGCGAAGGCCGGCUCCGUCGUCGUCAUGGACGGGCGCGUGUGGCACACUUCCGGCGCCAACGUCACGCAGGACCAGGACCGCGCCCUCCUGUUUGCGUACUACACCGCGCCGUUCCUCCGCCAGCAGGUCAAUUGGACGAGGAAGCUGCCCCGCGAGAUUCAGGACGCGCUCUCGCCGGAGAUGAAGGAGUGGCUUGGCCUCGGCGUCACCGCCAACCUGGGUGAAGCGGUAUCACACUUGAAGUAUCUCGAUGACGAAUUCACGGACGACGGAGACGGAGAGCAACAAAAGGGGCAACCGCCACCGCCACCGCCAACUUCGCAGACACAGGAGUCGCUUGCGACGUCUUCGCACAGCAGAAUCUGA